AUGGCCUCAUACACCACACAUUCUCUCGCCGCCGCCGCAACAGGCAUCGUCGGAUCAAUAUGGACAUCAGGCGCCAUCGCAUCCCUCAGCAUAAUCGGCGUCCCAGCAGCCAGAGACAUCCCUAGCUCCACGGCAGUCAUUUGGCGUGGCUUAUUCACACACGGAAUGAACGCCAUGCCCAAAAUCGCCGUAACCACUGCUCUCGCCUACAGCUACGCCGCGUAUAGCACUCGCGGGAGCGGCGCAUCAAAGACCUAUCUGGCUGCGGCUGGGCUUGUGGUUUCAAUCAUUCCGUUUACGAUAUUGUUCAUGACCCCGACGAAUGGGGCUUUAUUGGCGGCUGCGGAGGGGACUUCGUCGCUUGGUGUGAGUGAGGUUUCGGGGCUGGUGAGGAGAUGGGGGUUUUUGAACUUGGCUAGGAGUGUUUUGCCACUUACGGGGGGUUUGUUGGCUUUUUUUACGUUUUGUCGUGGGGGGUGA